AUGAUCCGACUAUUGUUCCUGGAUAUAUUCAACUAUUGUUCCUGGAUAAGCACCUCUACCUCAAGCGAAUCUGAACAGACCCCAAACACCUCAGGUAAAUCAAGGGAGACCUCAAAGGCAAUUAUGAAGACAAGUUGGUUCCUAACUUCAAUAAGACUUCUUUCUGAGGUUGUUUAUCUGACAACAACGAUCAUUCUCUCAACACCGGUAGAGCUGCAGAUGAACUACAAACCUCUUCUGAUGAAGGAAAUCCCUAGCUUGAAUCCUCCAGUGUUACUUCUGACCAACACAAGGCCCUUCUUGCUCUUAUUUAACAAACUUUUGUGUCUCAAUUCCAACAUGCAUCUUCCAUCAGUUCCUAAACUCACCAUGUCCCUUGACUGCCAUUUAAUCUUCAACUCUCUGGGUUGUAUCAUACAUGGGAGCCAUACCCCGAUGACGAUUGGUGCAUCUAAACUUGAUCAUGGCCUAUAA